UUUCGCCGCUCCCCCACGAAAUGGAACCUCCCAGAAUAAAUGACACUGUCCCUCAUGGAAAGUCAUCUGCUUUCCCAACCGGUGAUGCUACCUAUUGUUUUGAGGGAGCGCUCGCCUUGAAGUGGUUAUUAAGUGGUAAUUAAGUGGUAACUUAUUCCCGCACAUUUUACCAUAGCAACCGAGAAUAAUUUCAACUAAGUUGGUUUGGUAACUGAGUAGGUCAAAAGCUAAUGUGAGAUAGCUAACCUGUGAAGUGCAUGGGAAGCUAAUAUCAGCAAGCUAAUCGAAAAACCACGGGUUUACAACUGCACUUUAAUUAGUCAUGCUGACCGUGGCAUUGCGUCGGUUAAUAAUGAGCCAUAAAUUAUCGACUGGGCUCCACAUAAACAUAUUGAAGCGUAAGCAUCCGACCAACAUAUGUUACGCUCGGCCAUCCAUCCAGAGUAUUCGUGCAGUUACGAUGGCGCCAAGGCCUUUCUCAUCCCCACAGCCGCGUGACUACAGUUUACCAAACCCUUCUUGGAGCGCAGAGAUGCAGAGAUUGUAUGAGCAUUACAACAGCAUGUGUGAAGUGGAAACAGGGGAAGGUGAGAAGAUCAAGGGACCCUGGAAGAGAUUGGCCAGUUAUAACCGUAGUCUGAAGUUUGCUGCAGAGGGGCAGUGUCUCGGCAAGUUCAUGCAGGCCAAAGCCCGCCUCUUCACCCGGAAUAUAGAGGAGCAGGGAGCAGGGUUUGAGUAUGUUGUCUUUGUCAACAAGCAGGAGAAGACCUGCGUCUGUGUAUUUCAGGCUGGGCAUCUGCUGGAGGGUCCCCCGGGGUACGUCCACGGAGGGGCAAUAGCCACCAUAAUAGACUCUGUGACGGGUACGCAUGCUGUGUACCAUUCUGGACCUGCCAUGACUGCCAACCUCACCGUCAAUUACCGCAGCCCUAUCGCUUUGGGAAGUGUAGUUCUGGUUCACUCUUCCCUGGUUGAAACAGAGGGGCGGAAGAUAUUGCUCUCCUGUCAGGUGACCAGCUCAGAUGGCUCCAAGCUGCACACAGAGGCCACAGGUACAGCAAAGCAACAUGUGGCUCCCACAUGCUGUAUAGCUGGGAUUACAUAGAUUUUCAGGAACUAUGUGCUCUUCAUAGUCUGCAUUCUUUGUAAACAGCCCUCACUCUGCUUCUUUCACACUGUACUAUAAAGCAUGCAGCUUGGGGCUCCAAUAGAAGUGUGUAUGUGCUAAUUGCUCAUUAUUUAUCUCACAGUUAUUUGACUGGCUUGUUUCACGUUACUACAGGGUUGGGGUGUGCUGAUCUGUUCCACUCUCUGACUGUCUCUUGUUUUUUUUUUCUUCUCCUUCAUUUUCAGGCUUGUUCAUUUCUUUUAAUGUGGGCAAAUUGCUAAGAGCCUGAGACAAAAAAAAAAAUCCCGAUUUGUGGACAGCAAUGGCCGUAGUCAGUGUUUGUGCUGUGUUUGUGCUAAUCGAAAACCAGUGUCAAUUUUAAUACACAUUAACUGCAAUCAAUCAACCUUUACCUCUACCAGUUGAAUUAAAUCCACCUGGUGUCUCAGUAAUCCCUGAUGCCUCUUCGGUUGACUCCAAUGUCUCUGCAGUUACUCCUGCAGAGACAUUGCUAAUUACUCCUGUUUUUACUUGAUGCUUUUUGCACAUUUACUAGACAUGAAGGGUGUUUUCUUCUGGUGCAUAUACUGUAUUACUGCCAAAUGUAUUUAUAAGUAUUUUUUAUUUGAGUUGUAAUUAACUAUAAAGUUGAGUUAAUAUUAUUGGUUUAGUGAUUACUUUUGAUUGAGAUUUUUUUAAUGACUAACAAAAUGAUGAUAAAUGUCAAUAAAGAAUAUUAAAUACA